AUGAGUCUGGGAUUUCUGUGUCUCUUUUUAAUUUGCAACACAGCUUCAUGCAUAAGAACAGAAAAUAAGAAAGAGAAGCAAGUGGCAGUGCUGGCUACCGCAGAGCUGCCUGCGAAGUCGGUGGACCUGGCUGCUAUUAACCUGACAGAGCUGGUGAAUGGUAUGCUGAGCACGGCGCUCAGAGGUACCAAAAAACUCUUCUCUUUGCUGAGUGUCACGUCUUACAGCUCGUUUGCCUUCCACAAAGUGUCAGUCACCAUCUAUAACAUUUCUAAUGUGAAAAACGUUGACCCUGGCAAGUUCCCUAUGCAUUACUGCUACUGUUUGAACAACAUGACAAAUGACUUGACAGAUUUUACAGCAUUACUUGUUGAUAUUAUUGGAAACUCCACCAGUUAUCUCACAGAAAUUUUCAAAUCUACUUCUAUUCUCUCAGUGCGUCAGAGCAAUGAUUCAGAUUGUAUCUACAUCUGUGUGAUGACAGGACAGACAGGAAGAAAUCUGUCUGACUUUUGGGAAACACUGGAGAAGUCUCCUGUUAUUAAUUAUACAUUUUCCAGUAACACAUCUUCUGACUUUGCUGAUGUGUAUGCAUUUUGGAUGCAGACAGUGUCUCCUCAAGAAACCAGCAAACUGACGCAAACAGAGCCAGAUUUGCCUUCCUCAGUACUGUCUACGCCACCCUACAGGCCUGGUGUGACACUGAAACUUUACCCAGCCACCAGGUGUCCACAGGCAAUGCUCAAAGAGUCCCGUGUGACCUCGCCUCCCAUCACCCUUAUUGUGCAAAAGAUCAAUCCCUGUGUGAUGGAGCUGUGUAGGUUUUUUCAGCUGUGCCUCUGUGUUGGUCAAAGAAGAUAUUCCAGAAAGGAAGCCAUGAGGUACUGUGUUGAAUACUAUUCCUGGUUCUUGAAAAAUGCAAGUUAUGUCUGUGAAAGAGUCAAAAGAGUUGCUUACUCCCACACAUUAAAACAAAAAUGCCUUAAAAACAUCUGUACAUCAGUCUAG